CUGAAUUACAUAUUCGGAAACGUGUCUUCAAUAGGUUAUAUUAUUUAUGAUAAUCAAACGCGCCAGUAAAUAGUAAAUACACAUUGAAUAAUGGCAAGUAACAGCGACAGUUGUUUUAUUACUGUACCUGGAUUCUGUCCGGAUUGUGGCUCAAUUUUACCAUUACUUGCCGAAAGAAAAGCUACUGUUACUUGUUACACAUGCAAAAGGAACUGGGAUUCGAAAACCUUCGGGGAUCUGGAAAUGACACAUACGAUUCAUUUCAAUUCUAAAGACACUUAUACAUUCGCCAAAGAAGCAGAUGAUAGUGAUGAUGAUGCGGAUGGACCAAUUGUAGAACGACCAUGUCCUCAGUGUAAAAACGACAAAAUGUCAUAUGCUACAUUACAAUUGAGAUCUGCUGAUGAAGGACAAACUAUAUUUUACACAUGUACUAAAUGCAAAUACAAAGAAACAGAGAAUUCUUAAGGUAAAAUUUUCUAUUACAUAUGUUAUUUUGCAUAAAGUUAUUAUAACAAAUAUAUGAUUUUGUUUCUUUUAUUUCUUUUUUUAUAAUUUUUUACUCUAUACAUGAUAUUAUAUUUAGGGAAUAGAAAAUCCUUGAUGAUAAUUUUAGUGUAUUUUUUUAUAUGAUAUUUUAUAUUCUGUACAUUUUCAUUAGAAUGUGUGAUAUUAAUUCACUAGUGAAGUUUUAUUAUUAAACUUUUUACAAUCUGUGCAUACAAAUGCCUAUAACAGGAUAGUUUUCAAGAUAUAAACACUUUGUCUCUUAAUAAAACAUAGAGCUUUAUUUAUAAUACACUCAACAAAUAGUGGUGAAAGAGAAUACAUCCGUCAUAAUUUUAUAACUCUACUGGGUCAUUAUUACAAUAUCUUCUUUCUAACAAUGCUUUGUUAUCUUAUUUAAGUGUUUAAUUAAGUAAUUCUCUAUGUACAACACGUGUGUCAGGAUAAAAGUUAACAAUUAUUUUAAUAAAUUCAUCUUGAUCCACUCUUGAAAUCGUUACAGUGGUCCUUGUAUUAAAAAACUUUAAUAGUCAGAGAAUUUGUCGAUAGUUUCUUACUUAUGUGUGCAUUUACACAUUGGCACUAAUAUUUGCCCAUAAUCUAAUAAUAAUAAGAAAUAGAUAUGAUAUAUCAUUUUAAGGAAAAGAGAUGUCUCGGUAAACUAAUUGCUGCCUAAAGUUAGUAUUUAGUUCUUAUAUAAACUAUAGAAAUACACAAAUAUGAUAUAUAAAGUGAUGUAAUUGCACUUUCUUAAUACUCUGGUAUACCCACAGCACAAACAUUAAAAUAUAGGAAAAUAAAAUUUAUAUCUAUAAC